AAAAUAUUUUUAACACUCUUGCAAUAAGAUGUUCUUAAAGCAUAGGAAAGAAAUAAUCCAAUUCGUUAUACCGUUACAGUGCCUUUCAAGGAUUAAAUAUCAUCCCAACAACGAAAUUCUUGCUUGCGGGUCGGGUUUUCAUACUCCUUUUAUUCUAAAACUCCAUGAGAGAAUAUACCACAUAUAUUUCUCAUCUUUGCUGCUUUUAGUAUAAAACUUGAUAUAAUCCCCUUGUCCAUAAGGCCAAUUCUCAUAUUCUCUGCUCUCACCAAUCAAUAAUGGGCAUUUCUUUUAAUUUUCUCAACAUUUUCAAGAAGAAAAAACAGCCUCUUCCCAUUGAAACCUCGUUCACACUUCCUUCUCCACUUUCAUCUUGGCCACCAGGUGAAGGUUUUGCAAGUGGUACUAUUGAUCUCGGAGGCUUACAAAUUUAUCAGGCCUCAAAAUUCACUAAACUCUGGGCCACACUCGAAGGCGGGCCCGACAAUCUCGGGUCCACAUUUUUCGAGCCCACAUCCAUACCCGAUGGCUUCCAUAUGCUCGGCUGCUACAGCCAGCCCAACAACAAGCCGCUCUCCGGUUGGGUCCUCGUCGGAAAAGACUCGACAAACGACCCCUCAAACGGCUCUCUAAAGCCACCGAUCGACUACACUCUCGUCUGGACAAGCGAAAAUCUAAAAAUCAAGCAAGAAAAAACCGGCUACAUUUGGCUCCCAACUCCUCCUAAUGGAUACAAGGCAGUCGGGCUCGUCAUCACGGGCUCGCCCGAAAAGCCCGCGCUCGAAAAGUUACGUUGCGUCCGGUCAGAUUUCACGGAACUCAAUGAGAACGAGGCAUUGGUGUGGGACUCGAGCGAGAUUAAUAUCUACAGCUCGAGACCGAGAAACAGGGGAAUUCGAGCCGCAGGGGUAAAGACGGGAACUUUUACCGUUCGUAAAAACGGGGUCGACUUGGAUUUACCCUGUCUUAAAAACGCGAGCGGUGAAAAAAACUACUACGCAAUGCCGAACAAGAAUCAAAUCGAGGCGAUUAUCGAGGCUUACUCGCCGCGCGUGUAUUUCCACCCGGACGAGGAGUAUUUUCCGUGCUCGGUAAAAUGGUACUUUGAAAACGGUGCAUUGCUUUAUAAAAAUGGGGACGAGUCGAAUCCGGUUCGAAUCGAUCCGGAAGGGUCGAACCUUCCAGAAGGCGGCGAGAAUGACGAUAAUUACUGGAUUGACCUCCCCACGAAUAAUAGUGAGGUGGUUAAAAAGGGCGACUUGUCGAGCGCGUGUUGUUACUUGCAUGUGAAGCCGAUGUUCGGCGGGACAUUUAGCGACGUGGCAAUAUGGCUAUUUUACCCUUUUAACGGGCCGGCAAGGGCAAAAGUGAAAUUCUUCGACGUGUCGUUGGGGAGAAUCGGGGAGCACGUUGGGGAUUGGGAGCAUGUCACGUUGAGAGUGAGCAAUUUCGACGGGGAGCUUAAGGGGAUGUACUUUUCCGAGCAUAGCGGAGGGGUUUGGUUGGACGUGUCGGAAUUGGAAUUCGUGGAAGGGAAUAGGCCAGGGGCGUUUUCGUCAUUUCACGGGCACGCGAUGUACCCGAAGGAGGGUUUGGUGUUGCAAGGGAAUGGGAGUAUUGGGAUAAGGAAUGAUAGUGGUAAGGGCAAGUUUCUUGAUGUCGGGUCGAAUUAUUUAGUGGUCGGGGCCGAGUACUUGGGGCCCGAUUUCGUGGAGCCUCGGUGGGUGAACUACAUGAGGAAGUGGGGCCCGAAGAUCGAGUACAGGACUGAGGAUGAGAUGAAGAAGGUGGAGAAGUUGCUGCCUGGGAAAUUGAAGGAUGGGUUUGAGAGGUUUAUGAGGGGACUUCCAAAUGAGGUGUUUGGUGAAGAUGGGCCUACUGGGCCUAAGGUGAAAGACAGCUGGGCUGGUGAUGAGAGGUCUUAAUUGUUUUUGUUGGUUGUUUGUGUGAAUUUAAUGAGUUUGGGAUUGAUUCUCUUUUCUUUUCUCAAGUGUUUGAAUGCAAGUUGUGCUAAAAUAACCGCAAAGGUUACUCUUGGAUUGAUUUGUGAAGUUUAGUAUAUUGUAAAGUGUGUGUGGUGGAAAGUCACAUAAACAGUGCCCCUCACUCUUUGAAAUUGUUAGAUGCUUGUUUAACUUCUAAUUUAUUUUUAUAAAGUUGUUCACAUCGUUCUCUAUGUAGUUGAUUAAAGAGGGAUAAAAAAAAGAAUGGAG